ACAAAGGAGAGACACGUGGUUACGCUCUUGGGGGUGGGUCCCACCAGCCCUACUUCAGUUCCUUUUCACAAAAGCUCAGAAUCACAAUAAGGAAACCAACCCCGAAGAUGAACAUCGCAUGUAAAACCUUAGUAGCCAGUUUCCUUUUGAUGUUCACCCUGUCUGCCAAAGGUGCAGCUGCUACAACCAAGGAGGUCCACGGUACCCUGCAUCUUGAUAUCAACCUGGACGUUCCUACUGUUUCCGUGAAGGGUAAAAUUGAUGACAUACAAUGGAAAAAGGGAGAUGACAGGAUUAUACGAUUCACAGAAAGCAAGAUAACUCACCAGACAAAGGCAACGUACCAAGUGUUUGAAAAUGCAACUCUGAAAAUUAAACGUCUGCAGAUGAAUGACAGUGGAUACUACACGGUGUUCUUAUACGAUGUGAAUGGGAAACAAAUCCUGAGCAACACAUUUAAUUUGAAAGUUCUAGAGAGGGUCUCAAAACCUGUGAUCUACUGGAGUUGUACCAACACAACCGUGACCUGUGAGGUAACAGAAGGGACUGACCCUCAGUUAACACUGUAUCGAAAUCGGAACAAAAUCAAAGAAGGUCCGAAGGUCAUCGUGUACCAGUGGACCACCAAACUAAAUGCAUUGUUCAACUGCACAGCAACUAACAAAGUCAGUAAGGACAGCAACGAGGUGAACAUCAGGUGCCCAGAGAAAGAACUGGACAUCUACCUCAUCAUUGGCAUCUGCGGAGGAGGCGUUCUCUUCUUGCUCUUUGUGGCACUGCUCAUUCUCUUCAUCAGCAAGAGGAAAAAACAGCACAGGAGGAAGAAUGAUGAGGAACUGGAGAUCAGAGCACACAGAACCAUCUCUGAGGAGAGGAGCCGGCGGCCCCAGCAAAUUCCAGCCUCAGCUACUCAAAAUCCAGUCAUGUCCCAAGCUCCUCCACCACCUGGUCACCGGCCCCAGGCACAUGGUCAUCGUCCCCCGCCUCCUGGCCACCGGGCCCAUCACCAGCAGCAGAAGAGGCCUCUUCCUUCCCCUGGCACCCAACUUCACCAGCAGAAAGGACCUCCCCUCCCCAGGCCUCGAGUUCAACCAAAGCUUCCCCGUGGGGCCACAGAAAACUCAUAA